AUAAGAGAUGGAAGGAGAUGACUGCAGUUUUCCUCCAGACUUGUCGGAUAAUCACUCACAAAGAGGAAGUGUUGCUUCCUCUGCAACACUUUCCCGUGCUCAGGAUGUGCUCGUGUACUUGUUUGGCGACAGCGCGGUUCAUUUGUCUCUAGAAGGACUCAGCAGCAUCACCGUGCAGGACCUGGGUCACAGUGUUCGUGAGGCUCUGCAGAUACCUGAGUCUGUGCACGAUGCCUUCUCCUUCUGGCUUUGCUCUCCACUGCUCGAACUACAAUUAAAGGCGAGACAUCUGCCGUARAAGUUAUGUAGGCAGUGGCAGGACUUGCUGUACCGCUUCACUGACGCAUCAGAGGAGGACAUUGUGCAAGAUGAACCUUAUCUCCAGUACAGACGCAACGUGUUUUAUCCGAAAGCAAGAGAGCUGCAGAUCGACGAUGAGGGAGUGUUGAGACUUCUUUAUGAAGAGGCCAAGAGCAACAUCCUCUCAGGUCGAUACCCCUGUGACCCUGAACACUGGACUGGACUCGGAGCCUUGUCUCUCGCGAUUGAAGAAGGCAUUAGUCUAGACAACCAGCAAGUCACUAAUGCUGUGAGGGAGAAGAAGCUGUCGUCGUUUCUGCCUGCGCACGUCAUCAUGGGGAGCGGAGGGUUCUURUCCACGCUGCGAGGGAAGUCGAGCCGUCAGGCCGAGCUGGAGCAGAAACUUCUGGACGAGUACAGAAAGAUCAGGUCCCCUGUGGGAAGCUGUCCCGAGCCCCAGCAGCUGCUGCACCAGUACCUCAGCAUGUGUCACAUGCUGCCUUUCUAUGGGUGUGCGUUUUUCUUUGGUGAGAUUGAUAAACCGGCUCAAGGGCUCCUCCAACGAGGAAAACGUAAAGCGGUGAACAUCGGGAUCUGCCUGGACGGAGUUUAUGUGAUGGAUGCAAAGGAGAAGCACGUGCUGCUGGGCCUGCGCUUCAAUGAGCUCUCAUGGGACCACAGCGACCCCGAGGAGGAGGGGGACUCACACAUUCUGUGGCUGGAGUUUGAUGGAGAAGAAGACGGCACUCCGGUCAACAAGCUGCUGAAGAUUUAUUCAAAACAAGCCCAGCUAAUGAGCGGCUUCAUCGAGUUCUGCGUGGAGCUGAAGUCAGCGUCUGAGGGCGGCGCCGCGGCCGAGGCGGACAGCGGCGAGGGCGUUUCCCAGCAGCCCGCCGAGCAGGAAGGCAGCGCCAAGAACGGGCGAGGAGGACGGCGCGCGAUGCUGCAGAGGCAGGGCAGCGUCGUGUGCAGCCGGGUCCACUCGCUCAACACCAUCAGCUACGUGGACAACGGAAAAGAGAUCAAACGCCUGAAGCCGAAGAGAGCUGCGUCGUUUUUCACCCGCCAGGCGUCGGCACCCACAUACUCUGCCGUGCAGGUGACCGACAGCCAGGAGCAAAGUUAAACGCCUCCACUGGGUUCCUCUCAAAGACCAAAUCUGAACUUUUUACACUGAGAUUUCAAAGCGUCGACUUGUGUAAGAGCUUGAAAUGUUGUUGUUUUUUUCCCUGCGACGAGCAAAGGACCAAGCGAGAGGUUUCUAGGUGUGAAUAUAUUUAUCCUCAGAAGAGGUGUAUAUAAUGAAAGUACAGAAAUGUGAAAACAACAAUCUUUUUAAAAUAUAAAAACAGAAAACAAAGAACGCUUCAAAUGUUGAACUGAAGCAGCUGUUCAGUAGAUGGCCUUAAACUCCUGAGAACAAGCCCUUAACCACUACAUUACCUCUUUUUAGCCUGGUGGGUUUUUACCAUCAAGAAUGUUGCAAUACGUCCUCUCGUACGAGAUGAAACUUCUCCAAACCGUAAGAGAUCUGCGCAGCCUGCCRACAGUCAGCAUGACAAACACUUUUAGGGUCUGAGGGGGUGUCGACACUCGCCUGCUUUUAUCAAACUGCCGGUGCCUUGGCUUCACAAAGAACUGAAGCCACUUAAGAGAAGUACUGGUAGAAAACAUUUAGAUGMUUUUUGUUAUGGGAGCACAUUGGCUGUGUUGUGGAAAUUACUUGUAAGUACAUAUUUUUUAAUUAAAAAAAACUUUCUCACAAAUAAAACUUAAAAUCUUUAGCAUUUAUCAAUAAUACUGUUAAAUCUGGCUGUUUGGAUGUUUUUUUAAAGCGGUAUCUUUAACUCGGCUCCUUCGGUAUCAGUGGUGUUGAUGUAAAAAUAGACGUUCUUUAUGUUGGAUUAUAAUUUGUUUUGGUUGAGCUGUCAAGCGACGUAAAACUGAUGCAAUAAGUUACCCGUGCUCCUGAAUCGUGUUCUGGUCAGCCGUUUGACACUUUUUUCCCUUGCAAAACAGAUGCGUUCAAAUGUAUGUUAAAAUCUUUUUAUUAUGUUAGUGUUUUCAGAUUUGCGGCGAUGAAUUUUCAGAUUAGCAGAAAAAAGUUAUAAUUUCCUUAAAAAAAAAAAAGCGAAAUGUACAAGUGGCCAAUUUGCUACAAGAAAUUUUCACUGGAGAGUGCCGACACAUUCUGUGCCAAAACAAACCUAUCUGACCUGUUUAAACCCUGGACGUUACCUUAAAGGAUAUUUCAGCCUCUUUGAAGGGAAGUUUUGUGGAAACUUUCUGAAUAAUUUAUAUCUUAACUUUUGUGGAAAGCUUUUUUAUUGGCUUCAAUUUGGAGAAAUAAAUCGAGCUAACAGCUUAACGUAGACAAGAACGAUGUGAAGUGCUGCCAUCUUGAAAUGACUCAAUGUUGUAAUGAUUUAUGCAAACAUAAGCAUUUAAAGUUUUAGAGUGCAUGAGGGGUGCUAAAGCUAGCUAAUUCUACAAUAGUUGUUCAGAAUGUGCCCACCAAACCCUGCUUCAGUCAAAACAGCCGAAAUAUCCCUUUAGGUGACCGAUUUCAGUUCUUACACACUUAUGUCUCUAAAACUGUCUGAUUUUUUUAACCACUUCAUUGAUUUGAUUUGAUUUAUUGA